GUUUUUUUUUAUCUAUAUACUCUUUCUUUUUCAACUUAUAUUGAUGCCGCCAAAAAAAAAAUCUGCAAAGUCACAAGCCAAGGCGAAUGCUCCUAAAAGAAAGUUGGAUUUGACUAGUCCUAGAUGUUAUUUAACCAAUCACGAUGACUUGAAGCCUGUACUUAGGGAAAGACUAGGAUUACUUUCAGAAGAAGAUCAACAAGAAUUGAUAUCUUUAGUACCAGCUUGUGAUCAACAUCAUACCACUAUCUUAUCUGCUUUGGAAGAAAACCCGGUGUUUUGGGAAUCAUUAGAUGAAUGGCUCAUUCUUUUGAGAUCAGGUUAUUUGAAACCUCCCAAGAAAGUACUUGAUGAUGAAGAUUUGAAAAAUAUACCCUGGAAGGAUGAACAAUUUGAAAGUUAUUGGGGCGAACUUGAAGAACAAAAAAACCAACAAAAACCAAAAAGACGUACACGAUCUACCACAGUACCAUCAGAUAUCGUUGAAUCAGAUUUAUCAACCACAAGAAAAAGAAGAGGCAGGGCACCUAAAAAUCAAGUCACCAAGAACGAAGAUUGAAAAUAUUUAUAUCAUAAAAGAAAUAUAUCGUGAAUCAGCUGGAUAUUAUGUAUAUACAAAAAAAAAAAAAAAAA